AAUACUUACGGUUCUGUUUUCUGAAUGCAGCCAAUCUUUCCUUUUGAGGAAAUGACGUCAGACAUGCAGUGACUUUCGUGGCAUACAAGUGAUCGAGUCAUUUACGUUUUGUUGAGGCAAUCUCUGUUGUAAAGUCUGUUGUAAUUUAUUUCGGUUACUUUAUAACUGAGAUCAAUGACAAGAAAUCGACAUUUUUGGGUAUAAUAUUUCUUCCAUUCACUGAUAACAUGAAAUUGUGGUUUGUGAUAGCACACAUCGUAUUAGUUGCCACUAACCUAUGGGUUACAGCAAAUUUUCAUGAAGAAAUACCGGAAGACAAUGAAUUUGCAGAAUUUGAAGACUUUGAGGAGGAAAAGCCAAUUGUACAUGUUGAACAUGUACCAGAUUUGCCGGAGGAAGAAAAUUUGAAUCAGGAUUUUGAGGAGGAUGAUGUCUUGGUUGUAGAUGCGGACAGUGAAUUUGAUCAUUUCCAAGAUGAAGAGGAAUUUGAAGGAUUAGAUGUUGCAGGAGGCAAUGCUGGUUCAAAACCUGAUGAACCUUCCACAUUAACUAUUACAAAAGUUCCGUUACAUUUAAGAGACAGAUGGGACAGCUUUUAUUUAGAGAUACUAAUGGUCACUGGAUUAAUAGUAUACUUUAUAAAUUAUAUAGUGGGACGUUCCAAAAAUGCUCGUAUAGCUGAGCAAUGGUUAACGGAUCACAGACAACUUUUGCUGGACAAUUUUUCUCUUGUUGGUCAUUCGAACAAAUCGUGUGAUAAUGCAAAUGACAGUGGUUUAAUGAAAGAGAGCGAAUCACAGUACAGCUUGUACUGUUCUGGACGUGUCGGUUGUGACUCAAUGCUCAUUGAAUUGAAAUUAAUAAAGAGGCAAGACUUAGUCGCCGUAUUAGCUCAGUUAGUGCGUCCACAAAACGAUCAAGCUCACAUACAUGUGGAGCUCACGAAGGAUGAAAUAGAUAAUUUCGUUUUAGCAGUUGCUACAAAGCGAACAGCGAUGCACUUGGUGCGCGAUAUGGCUGACGUCAAUGUAUAUUGUCCAGAGAAACGACCUGGGGAAAAGUUUGGUCUUCCAUCGGGUUUUUACGUAAUGUCUGAGAUUGCAGAAGCUGCAUCAGCUAUCUUGGACACCAGAGUUCUGCAAGCCUUCUCUAAGUUUGCAUCUUAUAUAGAUUAUAUUCAUAUUAGUGAUCAAUUCAGUGGACGCAAACAGCAAGAAGACACUACUCAGUUAACAAUGCCUGAAGUGAAAAGAGUAUUAUUAGUGGGCCUGAAUAUAAGUCUUAAAGGCCGCACAUGUAACGCAGAGACGCAAGAAAAACUGAAACUCUUACUUCAACUUACUUUUUAUCUAGUCGAUAAACUGCGACGUUUUAAGUUGUCCAAAGAAGGUAAAAGUAAAGCGGAUAAAAAUCGACUGAGAGUGGAGGAAGCCUUCCUGAAGACGACGCACGCUGCAAGAGCCGAAGCUGCGGCGCAGAGGCGAGAGGAGCGUCGACGAGCCGAGAAAGAAAGAAUUCUCCAAGAGGAAGAUCCGGACAAACAACGGAAGUGGGAGGAGAAGGAACAACGGAGAUUGGCGAAAAAACGUGGUCCUAAAAUGAAGCAACUCAAAGUGAAAGCUUUAUGAUUUCGUUAAAGCGAAAUCAGAGUUUCGAUGAAGCGGGCGGGAUUCUAGAGUACCGUGAGUUUACUAUUUCUGAAGUAUUCCAAAGAAAAAUUCAUGAUUAUAUUGAUAAAUAUACUUCGUCCAAAUUAUCUACGAAAAAAAUACGCUAACUUAUACUUAUCAAUUCACUCAGCGUUUUCACACGAAGUAUCGAACUUAUUAAAGAAAGUACAAACGACUGUGAAAAAGAAUAUCCUGCAAAUUGUAAGUUUGUUGUGUGACGCAUACUUUAUUUGCCUUACUGCCAGCUUAUAUACUUAAAUAUCAUAGAGAUGAUAUUACCUGUUGAAACAAAAAUCAAUAAAAUUUAGCCUGUGCUAUAUAUACGAAAUGA